AUGGGGUUCACAAAGCUCUUUCGGCGGAGCAAGAAGUCGAAAUCCGACACCUCGGACUUUAACUUCAACUACGAUCGCGAUGCUCGCUAUGCCUCCGAAAAGGCCGGAUACAACAAGAGGAAUAGCCACUUCAUGGCCAUGCCCCUAGACAAUGGCAUUUUUGCACCGUGGUUGCAGCUCCCCGUGCCUAUUCUGCAGAGGAUCUUCUCCUUUGUGUGUCCCCACUGCUACGACGAGAGCUACGAGACAUGCGAACAGAGCGCCAUUGAGGAUGCUUGCAUGCUUUGCGAUUUGAGGGAUAUCUCGCAUGCUGGUCGGGUGUGCAGAGCUUGGAGAAAGGUGGCCGUGCCCAUGAUUUACCACAGCAUACGUAUUGAUGCUGUCCACUACUGCGAACGCGAAAUCUACCUUUCAGAUAUGCGAAAGCGCAAGACAAAGUUCGAUCGCAAUGGAAACCCGGAAGACCCGGCGAGCGCACGACUCAACCUGCUAUGCCGCACUCUUCGCGACGACCCCACGAGGCUGGGCAAAAUGGUCCAGUACUUUAAGACGCCGUACAUGUUGCGAGAAUCGAAAACGUCGGAUCUUGCUCGCACCAUUGCAGUCCUCCCCAAUUUGCACUACCUAGACCUGCCAGAGGGAGUCUUCGCUGGAGACCCUGCCUAUGCGACGCUCACGCUCGAGGUGCAGGCUAGAUGCCCGGACCUCAGAAAGAUGACGUACCUAGGCGGAUGCGAGCGCAACUUGGAAACUCUGGCCUCGGGCAACGUCUGGACAAAAUUGGAGGUCUUGGAGCUCACCAGGAUCAAUAUGGACCCGCAGACCUUGAGACAUUGCCUGUCCGUCAUGCAGUGUCUUCGAGCACUCAAGGUCACAGAGAGUCGGGUUAUGGACGAUGACUUUUUCAGGUACAAUGACGUCUUACCUGCAGUACCAGCUCUGGAAGAGCUUAUUCUCAAGGAGGUGCCAAGAGUGGCAGCCGCUGGCCUGGAAGCCUAUCUUUCGCGUCCUGAUGUCCAAUCGCGUCUCAAGGUGCUAUCCCUUCAAGACACAGGAAUCCACCCGACCAACCUGCAUGAGGUCUUGUUCAAUGCGCCCAACCUGCAGGCCUUGUCGCUGAUUGCCGAGGUGGACACUGCAUUCCCGUUCAAUGCCAAUAUUCCACCAUUGGCCAACUUUAGCCUCAAGACGCUGCGUUACGAGAUCACGGCCUCGCCAGAGGUGGGCGCAUAUGCUGGCAUGACGCAAGGAUAUUACAACUACUUGGCCCAAUCUCUGUUUGCCGACGGUUUCCCGCUACUCUCUUCUCUUUAUGUUCGAGAUGAGACUUUUGCGGAUAGGCUACUGGGUCUUCCGCCACCGAUGCCAGGAUAUGCAGGCGGUGCUCAGCGCCCAUCGAGUUCUUCGUCAAUGGGCCCCUUUGGGAUGGGCGGCGGGUCUAUGAGCCCCCAAUCCACAGGCGGAGGCAAUCCAUUCUCACCCGGCUUAGCAGCGCCUGGUGGCAACACCAAUAGAUUUAGCAGCAACAAUCCGUUUGCCCAACCACAGGUCCAACAGCGCUUUGGAGGUCCUCCGAUGCUGAAUCUUAAUCAGACCUUGGCGGUGUACACAAAAGGCGAAGACGAAAACGACUGGGGCCUAAUCAAGAUGGACCCCUACGACAACCCCGGCUAUGCCGGCGGGCGUGGUGUCGGCGGUGGCCGCGCUCACCAUGCGAGAAGUAGCUCCGCAACUCACGAUCGACCCUUGAGCAGUUAUGGAUUAGCCGACGUAGGGUCGAGAUGGAGAGAGGGCAGCGGCGGUGCCCGUAUGAGUGUCAUCAUGGGUAAUGGGGCAGGUGGCUUCCUGGCAGUACCAGGCGGUGCCGAUCCGUCUCACACCAGGAGGAAGAGUGAGGGCAGCGGUGCCGACGAGUGGCCGAGACCAAAGAGCAGCUCAGGAGCCAGAGCCGACAAGGAUCUCUGGCGGUAA